AUGUUUCUCCAAUAUUUUAUUUUCGUAUCGUUUGCGUAUUUGGCAGGGUCAGCCAAUAAACCAGAAGUGACGUAUUCAAGAGUGUCAAAAAACGGUGAAGAAAGUCACGAAACGAAAAAUUCCCCCGUUCUUUGGACGUCUAACAAUUUAACCACCGUUCAACAAACUAAGGGCAGAGGCGUGCAAGGCAUAAGCAUAACCGUGUCUCCGAUUUACGUGCCACCGAAAACUCCUCGACUCGGAAAUGGGGAGGCCGUUGAUUAUCUCCCUCCCAGAAAGUACUCUACGAUAGACCAAGAGGCUUUAUCAAAGAUCGAGGGUUCCUCGUCCAGAAGAAAACCUCAAGACCGAUUUUCUCCGUCCGCGAAUUUCGAUAACGGGGGGAAGAAAAAUCGUCCGACCUCGUUGAAGGAUUCGGGCGCUUCCGGAACGCCGAAUUUCGGAAGUGCAUCUUCGGGAAUUACCUUCUCCAAACCAACUUACCUUGGGGCCGGGGAUUUUUCCAAUUGGGAAUCCGAUUCGAAGCCUGCCAUCUCCGUCGAUGGUUAUUCCUCGAUGGAUCCAAACUCUAAAAUCCCAGCUUCCUACGUUCCGGAGUCUGACCCUUUCGAAGCCGAAGGACCAGGAGGUGGUUUCGAUUCGGGACCAGGAUCGAGACCAACGAGCUUCGAGGAGGAUUCUCCUCCCAAAGCGAAUAACUACGGAGAGUUGGAUGAACCACCUUUCAUCGAUGAUUCUUAUUUUCACGAACACGAUCAUCGUCCUCAUCGGCCUGAAAUCGUUUACGAUCGGCCUCCGGAGCUUCAGCAUCAUUUUCAUCAUCACGACGACGAGCAGGAUAACGAUCAUUCGGAGGAGAACGAUCAACGGGUGAACAAGAGGCCGUAUUCCUAUUAUUACAUCGGUAGGAAGCUUUGGUACAUUCCCCUGUACUUCAGCAUCUACUUUAUCGUCUACAUAGCUGCCUUGGUGUUGAAGAGCAUAGCUAGACACAAGAUCGACCUUCCGGAAAAUCUACACAACGCGGUGUCCCAUCACGAUCACGAUCAUCAUCACGAGAGAAGCGGUGGGAUGCAAAUCGACACGCCUGGAUGGAUGGAUGGAACGGUCAGAGUUUUGGAAAGUAUCGAGAACGCCGCUAAAAAAUUUGGAUGAAAACUCACGGGCUGACCGAUCGAGUUGCCGGUUCCGAUCCUGGAGAAAA